AUGUCUGAGGAUGAGGAACUGAGAAGUGCUCUUGACAUGCACCAGCUGAUCAGUCAACAUGCACCGUUAUCUGAGUCGCCGCCACAAACCGCUGAUCAGGUCAUCGAGGAAAUCGAUCAAAUGCUUCAGGAACUGAGAAGUGCUCUCGACAUGCACCAGCUGAUCAGUCAACAUGCACCGUUAUCUGAAUCGCCGCCACAAACCGCUGAUCAGGUCAUCGAGGAAAUCGAUCAAAUGCUUCAGUCAUGCGACUUCUCGGGCUCUGUGAUGACCGAUCACACGAUGGAGUCGGUGGACAGUAUGUAUUCGUCGAUGCGCUCACCACUGCCAAAUGGGCAGUACGAAAUGGAUGUUAAGUUUCGGCAGGCGGUCGCCAUCAUGACAAAUCGUGAAAGGCUUGAAGGUGAGGUGAUUUCGGCGUUUGUGAUGCUUUUGACGUGUAUUCGCUCUGAGCUUGUAAAGUUUUUUCUUGCUGUCCCUUUCUCCGCUCGUCUCGCUCCAUCGUACCUACCGGUCUCGUAA